AAAAAAAUAUGGCGGCCAUGGCAGAUUAUUUUCCGAGAAGCCCAGAUUCAAUAUCUCGACACCGUUCGCAGUACAAGUGCAGCACACCGCCCUGGAAAGAACAGUACAGAAAGAGGUGUCUGGAUAGGCUUAAAAAUGGGAGGCAGAAAUUUUUGGAAAGAUUUAGGCAAACUAGUUCAGAGACAAAUGACUCCUCUUUUGUCGAUGAAGUAAUGGAUGAAGAAUGGCUCAGGCUGAGUGAAGAAAACGACGAGCUUUCACCAUGGCGUCCAACCAGAAGGUCAUGCACACCAUUUAAAGGGAUUGAAUUAGACAGUUCUGAGGAUACUUCAGUUGAAGAGGUUCUGUCUAUAAUGGAGGAAAUUCAAAAGGAACUGAUGGAUGAAGAAAGAAACAUUCUUUCCCAGUAUGAAGAAAAUCUGAAGUUUGAGGAAGCUUCUUUAUGUGCAGCAAUUGAAAGUCUUGGAACAGAGGAUUAUGUCAUUUGCCCAGUUUGUAAAAGAAAUCCAUUACAUCAGAACAAGCAGGUUGUCUUUUGUGCCUGUGGAAUCAGAAUUGACACUGAGCAUGAUGCACUGAACCUAACCUAUCUCAGAAACCAGAUUGAUGAGGCACUAACAAUCCACAGAGACCAAGGCUGCGCGAUGGAACCAGAAUUCUGCGUAUCAGUUUUUCAGGAAGUGGGAGUAAGCAGUCUUGUUGCACUAUGUAAGGCGUGUGAUUACUUUUUCAUCGUCCUCUGACGCAAGAAAUUUAGAGGGAGAAUUUUGCUUCGGGAAAGAGGAAGUUGAAGAGUUCAGUAAUUUUGAAAUUGUAUUUCUUCCACUAGAUGUGUCCUAGAAUUAUCAUUAAGUUGUUUUCAAAUUUGUAAGUUAUUCUUAUUAGUUAAAUGUAAAUAAAGUUUUUUUUCGGUA